CCCCGGCCCCGGCCCCGCCGGGCGGCCCCCGACACACUUGCAGCUGCCCGGGCGGGUCCCGGGGCCGGCGCCAACGCUGCAGCCGCCCCGCCCCGCCCCGGGGGCGUCCCUGACGUCACGGGACGUCACGGGAGUGACGCACAAAGAGGAGGAGGCUGCCGGCAGCGAAGGAGGUCGGGACUGGGCCGGCGGCGCUCGGCUCGGGGUCGCGGCGCGGGGGAAGGUGCAGGACGUGGGCGCAGAGGAGAUGCCGUCCCCGGGGGCGCAGCGGGAGCCUGGCGAUGCCUGGCGGGAGCAGCCCCAGGCCCGCGGUGCCGACAGGCCGCUGGAGGAGCCCGGGCAGAGGGAGACGCCGGGGCCUCAGGACCCUGAGGAGGAGCCCCCGCCCCGCCAGGAGUCAGGUGCUGGGACCCUGAGCAGAGCUGAGCAGAAGCGUCCUGGAGAAGAGCCUGUAACCCUGGAGCUGCACAGGACUUCCCCAGGGAGCCUGGAGGAGAGGGGCUCCCCGACACGUGAGCUGGGCCAACUGCAGAAGGGGCAGGGCAGGCCUCCAAGGCAAGAGCUCCAGGAGGUGUUUGAGGACGUGGCUGUGUACUUCACACGGAAGGAGUGGGAGCUGCUGGAAGAUGAAGACAAGGUGCUUUACCGGGACCAGAUGCUGAAGAAUUUCGACGCCCUCAUUUCGCUGGGAUAUCAGGGUCCCACACCGGACUUAGUCUGCCGCAUCCAGCAAGGACAGGUGGAGCUGUGGGUCUGUGAAGAUGAGGACGGUGGGGAAAUCUCAAGGUCCGAGGAGCUGCUGCCAGGAGGCGCCUGGCUGCUGAGCAGAGCUGAGGAGCAACCUCCUGCAGAUGGGGCUGCAGACCUGGAGCCAGCAGGGACUUCCCCAGGGAGUUUGGCUGAGAUGGACCCCCUGACACCUGAGGAGGAUCAGUGGCACAAGAGUCAGGGGAGGCCCCAAAAGCAGAAGAAGAAUGAAGCGGUGAACCAGCACCGACGCAUCCACGUGGGCAGAAGGACACACCGCUGCACUAAGUGCAAGAAGAACUUCAUCUGCUGGCAAGACCUGUCCCAGCACCAGUGUGUGCGGCACUGCUGCACCAAGUGUGGGAAGAGAUUCAAGCAGCUCUCCAACCUGGCCAGGCACUGGUGCAUGCACACAAGGGAGAAGCCACUUGAGUGCUCAGAGUGUGGGAAAAGCUUCACCCGAUCCUCCUACCUGGCCCGGCACCAGCUCAUCCACACAGGGGAGAAGCCACAUCAGUGCUUAGAGUGUGGCAAAAGCUUCAACCUGUCCUCUAACCUGGCCCAGCACCAGCGUAUCCACACAGGGGAGAAGCCACAUCAGUGCUCCGAGUGUGGGAAAUGCUUCACCCAGUCCUCCAGCCUGACCAAACACUGGCUUAUCCACAUCGGGGAGAAACCACAUCAGUGCUUGGAGUGUGGGAAAAGGUUCAGACAAUCCUCUAACCUGGCCCAGCACCAGCGCAUCCACACAGGGGACAAGCCACAUAAGUGUUCAGAGUGUGGGAAGAGCUUCUCUUAUUCCUCCAGCCUGGCUGAGCACCAGCGUAUCCACACAGGGGAGGAGGCAUAUCAGUGCUUAGUAUGUGGGAAGAGCUUUACCCGAUCCUAUCACCUGGCCCGGCACCAGCUCAUCCACACGGGGGAUAAGCCCCAUCAGUGCUCGGAGUGUGGGAAAAGCUUUAACCGAUCCUCUAACCUGGCCCAGCACCAGCUCGUCCACACCGGGGAGAAGCCACAUCAGUGCUCAGAGUGUGGGAAAAGCUUCACCCUAUCCUCCAGCUUGAGCAAACACCGGCUCAUCCACACCGGGGAGAAGCCACAUCAGUGCUCGGAGUGUGGGAAGUGCUUCAGUCGAUCCUCUCACCUCACCCGGCACCAACUCAUCCACACCGGGGAGAAGCCAUAUCAAUGCUUGGUGUGUGGGAAGAGGUUCAACCGAGCCUCCAACCUGGCCCAGCAUCAGCUCAUCCACACCGGGGAGAAACCACAUCAGUGCUCGGUGUGUGGGAAGACAUUCAACCGAUCCUCCCACCUGGCCCAGCACCAGCUCAUCCACACAAGGUAGAAGUCACAGCAGCGCUUCGAGCGUGGGAAGUGCUUCCUUGACUCCUCCAAACUGGCCCUGCACCAGUGCAUCCAUAUCCCAUUUUUCUGCCAGCUAUACAGGAAGGACUUGGGGAUGUAUUACCUGCUCAGCACCCACCAGUGUCUACAUCCAGGGAAGCGGCCUCGUGUAGGUGUUAUACACUGACAGUUCACCCUUCAUUCAGCCCUUCUAGGGCACUGCAGCAUCUCAAGGACACAGAGGCUGGCUUCCCAGGUUCGAUGCGGGUGAUGGGUUACAAGGAAACACUUCAGGCAAAGGCCAGCCCAGAUGCUGGGGGAACCUGUGAGAAGAUCUUUGCAUCAGUCAUGGAGCCUGUGCCAUCCCCAUCAUUCUCCAAAAGCAGCCAGUGCUCCCAGGGGGAGAAAUGCGUGCACGAUAGGUGCCCUCCCCAAGACAGCUGGCUCCAAAUGACACCCAGGGACCGUCUUUGGCUGACUCCCAAUGUUGACUUCCCUCCUGGUCCCAGGGUCCUUGUAUGUGCAGCUCUAGAGUUGCAGGAAGGAGGAAUUGCUAGGGAAGCAUUCCCUGCCUUCCCCCCUGACCUUGCCUUUCCUCCCCAGGACAUCACCCUGUUUCCAGGCCUGCACAUGCCCAUUGGGGUCUGUAAGAAACUGCUACAGCCACCCCGUGAGCCCAGUUUUGGCAGGUUUUGCUUCCCAGCUCCUCAUCAGAUCUCUGCACCAGCAGGUGCCAACUGCCCCCCGUCCUCCUCCCCUUCAUGCCAUUCUCUAUAACAGAUUCCUUGGUAAUCAAGGCCCACAGCUUAACAUGAUACCCCUGUGGUUGGUCUCUAUGUCCUCUGCAGAGCUGUGAAAUGGGAACAGACCAGGGCCCAGAACCCUUUCCAUGGAAGAUCUCUCUGUGAUUCCUCACCCCCUUCCCUUUCCAGAGGAUUCACCACAAUCCAGGGGGUUUUGCUAAGUCUCAGGAGCAGGAGUUGGUCAUAUUUGAGGCAUCAGCCCCAAAUCCUGCUGUGCAGCCAAGAACCCUUCCCUUUUGAAUGAAUCUCUGGCUAGGGGGAAGUAGAUCUCUUUUCUGGGAUAAAUGCAAUAGUUGUGAUAAAGGAAGUGCAUCCUGUGACAGGUCCUGCCUCUUAUUGAAGGGUGGGGAAAGUAAGGCAUCCUGUGGGUGAAACGCAGCACGUUGUAAUCUCCCAUUGGCAAGUGAGGCUCCCCACUGUGCUUAAGCCAUUUGGCUCCAUGAGUGUCCUAUAGGGGCUACUCCAAGAGGUUAAGAGCCCAUCCUGCAGAAAAUGAGGGCCCUGAGCAGGCUUGCAUAGGAGUGCAGGGGGGUCCCAAAGUCCACUAAGGCUCCCCACUAUCUGAAAUGGGUCAGGCCCUACGCGUAAAUGCAGCCAGCCUCAUUUACUGCAAAGAGAAAGGCCAAAUGUCUGCUUCUCUCCCACAGCAGCUCCAGCAAGUGAAUGGGAACAUGGGAGAGUCCCACUGAGACCCUGCCGAGAGGUCAGGCCUCCACUUACCCCUGUGGCCACAGCCAGGUUAUGCUCCAGUUCCUAUUUGAUGAUGGCAUUUGCACCAGGAGGGAUGAAGCCAGUACAUCUUCCCUUUUGAUUUCUCUCCCCUUGGCUCAGAUUGCAGAGACCCAAAGGGCUGCUGAGCAAGGUGAAGUUGGAGGUGGUGAUUUAGAGCCCACAUCUGGCAGCCUGUGUCAGGUUUCAGACAGUGUUUCUGCCUCCUCCUUUUCCCUCUAUUACAGCAUUUAGGAAAAUAAACUUGUGACUUUUGAA